UGAUGGAGGCUACCCCUGAGCGUGGGGCCAGGGCUGCCUGGCAUAGAAGCUUUUGGACCACAUUACAGGCCGGCUUAAGCGGAACCAUGCCAGUGGGCACACUAGCCGUGAUGGAGCAAGGUGCAGCAGAGACGUUGUGCCUUUUUGUCGAGCGCUGCUCAGGCGUAGAGAUCAGCGCACAAGCCCCAUCGCGAUGUGCUAGGCCCAAACCCGGGGAACCGGACCACAGCUUCCUAGUCAGCCCGCUACUGUUGCUCUCCUUUUGCCGAGCCCAGCCGCCUUGCCUGACCGGGCCAAGUCUGCCACCUUCAUCUCACCCAGUAGCCACCACCGCCGCCGCCAACCAUGGACCGUCGAGAGAAAUCAAAUAUACCGACCUACUUAGCCCUCCGCUUGUUUUUUUUCUCCCCUUCUUCUUCUCCUUCUCCUCUCUAGACUUCAUUUCGGCACACCACUGCCAUCCGCUACUCAUCGGCCCCUGGUCUCGCCGUAAACGGCCCACGGCCCACGGGUGUUCCUCUGCCUUCCCCGAGAGGCAAACUUUUUAG